ACGCUUGUUGCUGCUCUAACAGAGUACGGACUGGCUGGAACAAACAGAACUGCGCCAAUGGGAAACGGUCCAGCCCCCUGUGUGUGCAGACCGCAGCGGGCAACCAGAGCUACUGAUUGGUUCAGGGAGGAGCUUGGGCGUUGGGGGAAUGUGCUCCACAGCCCACAAAGUUUGGAAUAAAAAGGGCAAAACUUUCACUGGACACAGCACAGGUACAGAACAGUACGAGUGUGACAGCCCUAAAAUCAAAAUAUUACCAGAGACGGGGAACUAGAAAGGCAAAGGGGGAAAUCCUGUACACAAAGUUGAUUAGGGAUCGGGUCGUUCCAGUAUGGAGAUAACGGACACCUCUCUAUGUUCCUUCUCAUCUGCUGAUGACUUCUAUGAUGAUCCCUGUUUCUCUACUUCGGACAUCCACUUCUUCGAGGAUCUGGAUCCCAGGUUAGUCCACGUUGGGCUGCUCAAACCCGACCAGGUGCCCACCGAGGACGAGCACAUUCGAGCCCCGAGCGGGCACCACCAGGCCGGCCGCUGCUUGCUCUGGGCAUGCAAGGCCUGCAAGAGGAAAACGACCAACGCCGACCGCAGGAAGGCGGCCACCAUGAGGGAGAGGAGGCGCCUCAGCAAAGUGAACGAGGCGUUUGAGACCCUCAAGAGAUGUACGUCCACCAACCCGAACCAGAGGCUGCCCAAAGUGGAGAUUCUCAGAAAUGCCAUCAGGUACAUCGAGAGUUUGCAGGCGCUGCUCAGGGAGCAGGAUGAGAAUUAUUUCACAGUCAUGGAUCAGUACAGUGUCGACUCAGAUGCCUCCAGCCCAAGGUCCAAUUGCUCGGAUGGAAUGUUGGAUUGCAGCGGGCCCACGUGUACCAGGAGAAGCAGCAAUUUCGAGAACAGCUACUUCUCAGAAACGCCAAACGAUUCGAGAACCGGUAAAAGCUCCGUUAUUUCAAGCCUGGAUUGCCUCUCCAACAUCGUCGAAAGGAUUUCCACGGAUCGGCCGACCUGUCCGGUUAUGAUCGUCCCGGAUGGGACCAUGGGGAACCCGUCAUCUCCCCGGGAAGGUUCCACUUUGAACGACCCUACAGCCAUCAUCCCGUCGCCGGAGAACUGCACCCGCACCGAGAUUCCCACCGACAACCCAAUCUACCAGGUGUUAUAACGCCUCAGGGUAGUCUCCACGCCCGUUUGUACCCGAGGAUAAGGAUUGGAGAAGACGUGAGAGGCAGCAGAUCCAGAGGACGUUUCACAGCCAAAACCAGUUCGUAAUCCAAGAUCAGACAGACCACUUGACAAACCUCCCACCACAAGUAGUAAAGUCUAACCAAUUACAUAUUUCAUACUUGUCUGCGUUUAGGAACGGAAAUGUGUUUUUUUUAUUGCUUCUCCCUUUUUCUGAAUGCAUCCCAAGGAAAAAUAAAAAAAUCAAAAAUGUACAAAAGAUAAUGUGGACCACUUUUUUGUAAAGCUUUGUGUAUACUUGUAAAUAAGAGUUGGUUUUUUGCCAAUCCGUUGAAAUAUUUAAUGUCGCUUGUUUAUAGAAAUGCUUGGUUUGAUGUGCCAACUAAAUUUAUAUAUUUAUAUAUUAUCAGUGUGAAUGCCAAGACUGUUUCAAGAA